AUGGCUAAUACCACCAACUCCAAGUUGAAUAAGGGUAGGGCUCUACUUGAGAAGAUGGGAUGGCAGCCGGGUAGCGGUCUAGGCCGGCAGGAACAAGGGAUGAAGGCUCCACUUCAUGUUAAACAGAAGGCGGGUACACAUGCAAGGAUAGAGCCCUUGAGGGUCAACCGUACAGCAGCGGUGCAACAACAACAACAACAACAACAACAACAACAAUCUGGUCAUAAUACCUCACAAGGAGGGAAGAGUAGCAUGGGGACGUCUAUCGCUGAGGCAGCUGCUGCUGCAGUAAAGCUGGCCCAGCAGGGUGGGGUUGAGCAUGCUACAUCCAAGGUCACUGCUGUGCCUACCAUUGAUAAUCCCUUUGGUGAUCCCUUCCAACCUCGUGAUGUCCUCGAGGAGCGUGCCUCCGCUACUGCUGCAGCCCCUGUUAUGAUCAAUCUUGGCGACAAUGCCCACUACAUCAUACCUACCAUGAUGCGCUUGUUGGACUCUAAGGCUUGCCGAUUCGAGGCUAGGCUAGAGGAUGACUUUGACUGCAAGGCCUUCUUUGAUCUAGGAGUUGCUGGUACCCUGGUUGUGGUGCCGAUCGAGGGCCAUAAUGUCACAGCCAAUACAGUGGCCUCUGCUGCUGAGUUUAUACGUGAGGAUGUCAUACCAAGAUGCCUCACGCCUCAAGGGAUCAGUGAUCUGUGGGAAGAGUACGGUUUUGGUUCGUCGAGGAGUAGGAUCAGAUUACAGCAAGAGGAGGACUCAGCAGCAGUAGAGAAUGCGGAAUGGUUACGGAAGGUUGAAGCCUACCAGCCUCGGGCUCAUAAAGGGAAAGGUGGUAUUGGUGCCGCUACUGUUGGUGACGGACUUGUUUCUGGGACGCCAAUGUUACAUACUCCAAUCGAGAGUAGUGAGAGGAGCCACUUCAUCCAUGGCCAGACAAUAGACCCAGAGGACAGUGAGCCUGUGGUCAGUAAUCUGGUAAAGAUACCAGAGAAGGUAUCCCAGGUAGUUACUAGGCGCCUGCAGGAGAUUAAGAUGGCUACCAAGAUAGUCGAUAUCAAGAUAUCAUCUACACCCCAGGCAGGUCAGAGGAGUGUCAUGCUGAAGGGCACCAAGAACCGGAUACAGACGGUCAAGGACAUCUUCAUGGAGUUUAGAGCAUCGGCAGCUGAUAGAAAGUCUGCCACCUUGGACAACCUCCUUAAUGCGUAUCAAUAUACGUCCCACAUUUAA